CAACCAUCCGAGUCAAGACUAACUAACCCUCGAUACCUUUCGUCUCUUUCUGUAAAAAAUUGACGAAUUGUUACGCAGCCGAGGAAAUAAAGGACAAGGAAACUGAUAGAAUUUUAUUUUAAUUUUAAGUUGGAAUGGAGUCCUCAUUCUAGGGGAAGACAAUUUAGCAUUAGUAGUAAUUAAAGAUGUAUUAUUUUCAAUAAGAUCACCACAAUGAAGAUCUUUAUUGCCAUAACAGCGCUGCUCCUAGGUAUAGCAGAAGCAGCAGGACCAGUGUAUAGCACAGUAGUAUCUAUUAAACCAUCAAGUGUCAAAGAAAAUGAAAUCCUCACAACACAAACUGUUUAUGGUUUCUUGGAUUUUACAACAACAAUAGCUAAUACUGUAAUGAUUUUCUCACCUCAAAGCCAGAAAGAAGCUGAAAUAAAACCUACAUCAGUGAAAAAAAUUGAACAAACUAAAUCAAUACAAGUAUCAAGUGUAGUCCAAAUAAAGACUCAACUUCCAGGUUCACCUAAAAUUGAGAGUUCAGAAAAACAGGCCGCAAACAAUAAAAAAAUUUCUCCUACUAAAACCAGAAUUGAAGUUUCAAAAAAAGUACAAGAAGAAAAACAAGUUAAAAACACACCAAAGAUCAUAAAUACAAAUGUCCAAACAAAAAUAUCUAAAGCCAAAGAACUGAGUGUGGAUUCUGUAAAGCGAAAUGUGCAGCCUACAGUUUUAUUAAGUAAAAGCAGUCAUAAAAAAGAAAGUGUUAAAGAUGAAAAUGAAAAUAAAGUAGAACUUUUGGAAUCUGAUCUUCUUUCAAAACAACCAUCGGAGAAUGUAGGUGAAACAUACAAGAUAGUUGAAGGUGGCCCUGCUACAAAAGUACGGAAUGAGCCCACAGGUUUAGUAACAAAACUUGGAGGAACAGUUGUGAAGGAUGGUGUUACGACGGUACAUGAAACAAGUGUUAUAGGCACUUAUAUUUCAGGAAAAUACGCACAAGUGUUAAAAGCUACUUCUCAUGUAAUUCAAAAACCAUCGCCUAGCAAAUCCCAUCACAAAAAAACACAGGUAGAGCCAAGUCAACUUGAAGAUAGUCUUCCCUUAGAAGCUUUAUUUUCUACUCCUGUGGGACAAAAUCUAGUGAGACACACACGUAGACCUGCUGUUCAACCACCAUUUAAAAACAGAAUUCAAAGAACAAAAGUUCAAGAAACAACAGAACAUAAAAAGAAGCAGACAAGGCCCUUCAAGUUAUCACACAACAGAUUCAGCCGACCCACUACUACUUCAGAGGUGCCUACAGUAUCUGUUUUUACUGAAAGUGCUACUCCUGUCAGGAGAUUUCAUAGGCAAAGAUCAGCAGGGGUUUCAUCUUCCGUAAUAAGUAAUAAUAUUGACAGUGGUUCCAGGAGAUUUAAGCCUAAACCUACUAGUGUUAGUAGUGAAGCAACCACUAGCUUAUACAAGUUUAAGUUAGCUAGACCUCAAGGUAGAUGGCAAUAUAAGACCACACCAAAACCAAGAGUAGCAAUUAGGAGGCAGGAUGAAGAUGUAAUACAAUCAACACCAGCUACACCAGAAUUGGAGCACAGCGAACAACAGCCUGAACCAUCUGAUUCACCAACUACUUCCACAGCAACUCCUAGCUUAUCAGUCCAAACAAUCAAAGUAGAAAUUUCUACACCAGCAAACUUCAGCAAUGCAUAUUAUGAAAUUGCAACAAUUAAAUCACCCUACACUUUUCAGGUAGGAACAGUAAAAAAUACAAGGUACAUUACUUUGACAUCAACAUUUGAAAAAUUACUGGAAGUUUCAUCUCCACCAACAGCUACAGAACCACUAACUGAAAAUAUUUUAACUUCAACACCAGUAUUUGAAAAGGAAGCUCCAAUUGUUACACUUCCAAUGAUUGCUAUAGCUGGUAGUGAGACAAUACCAUUGGAGACAAUGACAGAUAUCUUCAGUACAAGUGAAAUAUUACUAAAAACACAUCUUCUUCCUGUUGUGAAGGAUAGUAAUACAACAACAAUAACGUUGGUACAAACUUAUGAGGUUACUAAAGUAGUAAGUGCAACCAAAACUUUGCCACCUACUGAACUUUUCCAGUUUAUCCCAAGUAAAACCUUAAAUGAGUUUAAUACUAGGCUUGAUGAAGCUGGAUCUGAAUUACAUUUAGAACUAGAUUUUGGCGAUAAUGAUAACAGCGAAGAACAGCAUUCAGUAACUAUGCUUCCCGAAGUUUCUAAUGUUACAGAAAUAACAUCCUUACCUAUCCCUCUUCCAACUCCUCAAGAACAAUUGACUCCUGAAAAACUUCAACAAUUAGCAUUCUUAAGAUUCUUGAAUCCUAAUCAACCACCCGUUGUAACUUCUACACCUUUCAUUAGUAUACAAACUCUUUAUGAUACUCAUGUAAUUCCAGUAUUUAAUGGACUAAGUACAGUACUGAGCACUAUCUCUCGACCAAUAAAGACAAUCACAAAUACUCAAUAUAUGACAAAUACUAUACCUAUUCCAAGUUUACCAUUGCCUCUUUUCCCUACACCACAACCACAACCAUUGAUAACUUCAAGCCCUAUAAUAACACAAACUGUUAUAACUGAAACUGAUUCAAAAGUAUUGAAGUUGACAUUUGGAGCCAAGACCGCCUACACAACUUUGUAUUCAACCAGAGUCAUCCCUACUCUUCUCACAACCUAUCAUACAACUCAGCUUCCCAUACAACCUACUGUAGCACCAUUCCCAUCUUUCUUUCCUCCUUUCAAUCCAUUUUCUUUUGUUGGGUGAUUAUGAUAAAACAGAAACAAUAUUUUAAAUAAUACACGCCUAAGCAAUGGUUUCAAAUGUGUACAUACUGUAUGAAUAAAGUUGUAUUUAUCUGCAGACCAUGUUCUGAGUAAUUUAGAACAGAUGACUUCAAUAAUGAAUUGGUUCAUUAAGAAAAAUAAAUGUCAACUUUUGUAAAUAUUGUUAAUAUGUUUAUUUUUUAUAAAAGUAACAACUAUGUGCAGUUCUGUAAUAUAAAAGAAAUAAAUUAAAAAUAUUUUUAUU